AUAGCAUAUAUAAUAUUUAUAAAGUGAAUUUAUAUUCAUUGUUUAUCGUAUAAGUUUAAACGUUUUCUUAUUUUCUUAUUAAACAUGGAAGAUGAUAAUAAUACAAAAGUGAAUAUUUCCAAAGAUACAAAUUCCGUUACAGACAAUUCAGGAAGUAUAGCAAACAAAGAGGUAUUGCAAACAGACGAAUCUCCAGAGGAAAAUAUCCCAAUAGGAAGAAAAAGAACACGUCAAGAUGACUUACGUGAAAGUAAACAAUUAGCAGAAGAAGAUUACAAUCGUGAAUUAGUUGAACAGCAGUACAAAAGAUUAAUGCAUUUGUUAAAUAGAAGUAAGUUUUAUGCUUCAUACAUUGUUGAGAAGAUUAACAAUAACUCUGAGAAAGAGCCUUCUAAAACCACUAAAAAAGGUCCCAAGAGAAUAGCUUCUGGAGAUGAAAAUAUACCACCUUCAGAAAAUAUGAGAAAGAAUACUAACAGUACUGAUAUACGAAAUUAUAUAUCUAAAGAUGUAAAGAAUAAAAUAAUUUCUGAAAAAGAUAAAUUGAAUUUAGAUGAAAAAAAUAUUGAAACUGAGUCAAUCAAUAAUAGUGGAAAGAAGACAAAAGAUGUUGUUGAUAACAAUACUCUUCAAAUAUCAAAAUAUUUCAAUGGAGAAUUACGAGAUUAUCAAAAAGAAGGAUUUCACUGGCUAAAAGUUCUUUAUGAAAAUGGGAUAAAUGGAAUUUUGGCUGAUGAAAUGGGGCUAGGAAAGACAAUUCAAGUAAUAGCUUUGCUCUGUCAUCUCAUUGAAAAACAACAGAGUGGUCCUUAUUUAAUCAUAACUCCUCUUUCAACUAUACCAAAUUGGAAAAUUGAAUUUGAAAGAUUUGCACCAAAAUUACCUGUCAUUAUAUUUCAUGGAACACGAGAUGAAAGAGCCUUAUUGCAAAGAGAAAUUAAUCAGAAGUACAAAUUUUCAGAAACGUUCAACACGCAACCAAUUGUGCUUACUACUUUUGAAAUACCAAUACAUGAAAAACAUUUUCUUCGGUCUCAACAUUGGAGAUACAUAAUAAUUGAUGAAGGACAUAGAAUUAAAAAUCACAACUGUCUCCUUAUUAAGAUUCUGAAAAAUUGCAAAUCUAUGAAUCGGCUAUUGUUAACAGGCACACCAUUACAAAACAAUUUAGCAGAAUUAUGGUCGCUAUUAAAUUUCUUAUUACCAGAAAUUUUUAACGAUUUAGCUGUGUUUGAAUCAUGGUUUGAUGCAAAAGAAUUUCAGGGAGACGAAGGGACAAAAAAAUUUUUGCAAUUAGAAAAAGAAAAACAUGUAUUAGCAACAUUGCGUGAAAUAUUACAACCAUUUAUGUUGAGACGUGAAAAAUCAGAUGUUUGUAUAGAUAUUCCACCAAAGAAGGAAAUAAUCAUUUACGCUCCAUUUACGAAACUCCAACAUAAUUUAUAUAAAGCGGUUUUAAGCCGUGAUAUAUACGCAUUAUGUAAAGUUGAAGAGCCUCCACUUAUAUAUAUAGAAGAUGAUAAGAGACCUAAAAGAAGAUGCGUUUUAAAAAAUGUAUCAAAUAAUGUAAAUCGACAUUUUAAAAAAGAAGUAUCGCCAAGUUCGUUUCACGAAAGUAAUGAAAGUGUAGAUGAUGACGGUGGGAAGCGAUCAAAAUCUGUACAAAAUUUGUCAAUAUGGAAACACUUUACAAAUGUUACAGAACAUAAUCAAAACUUCUUGCUUAACUUGACUUAUCGUAAUAGGUUGAUGAUGUAUAAGAAAAUUGUAAAUCAUCCGUAUUUGGUUUAUUAUCCACUAAAUCCAAAUGGUUCACCAAAAAUAGAUGAGGAUAUAGUUAAAUCAUCUGGUAAACUUAUGAUAUUAGAUAAAAUGCUUGCAAAAUUAAAGGCUGAAGGGCAUAAAGUAUUAUUGUUUUCUACCAUGGUGGUAAUGUUAGAUCUGAUAGAAGAUUAUCUUUCAUUGCGUAAUUAUAAAUUUGUCAGGCUAGAUGGUAACGUUUCGCUCGAAAAGAGACAAGAAAACAUACAAAAGUUUAAUACAGACCCUGAAGUGUUUGUGUUUCUUAUAACUACAAGAGCUGGUGGUGUUGGAUUAAAUCUUGUUGGAGCUGAUACUGUUGUUAUAUACGAUAGCGAUUGGAAUCCUCAAAUGGACAUACAAGCCAUGGCGCGAUGCCAUAGAAUAGGUCAAACAAAACCAGUAGUCAUAUAUAAAUUGUGUAGCAAAGGAACAAUCGAUGAAGCGAUUAUACAUCGUGCAGGAGCAAAGCGUUUUCUAGAGAAAAUGGUUAUUUCCAAAAAAAGUGGUACAGUUAACAUAAACAGUAAAGAGACAUUAAUGGAAUUACAGAGGCUUUUAGAAUCAAAAGAAAUCGAAGUAGAUGAAUCUCGAAAUGAAGUUUUCGCGGAAGAAGAACUUAACAAAUUGCUAGAUAGAAGUGAUCUAUACUCAAAUAAAAAAGAAUCUUAACGAAAAAAUUAAAAAAAAAAAAAAAGAAAAUU